GUGCAGAUUGACAGCACUUGGCCAAAAAUCAACCUCGUGGCACAAGGGCUAGGGUUCCAUGUCCCCUUACUGUAAACUGUUCAUUUCAUCUCACUGGCCAGUUCCACCAGAGCCCUCACCAACAAAAAUCUCUUUGCCCGAACGAAUACCCCCUUUUCCUCCACUCCUUUCCUCAUCUUGUAUAUUUCUCACGGUCCCUUCUAUGGUAGCUCGUUUCCGAUGAUCUCUCUGCUCAUGCUCAUCAUCGCCUUGGCGAUUACGACCCAUCUCGUGAAUACUCUAGGUGCUACGGCUAUUAAGAAUACACUAUGGGUGAUAUUUACAAGUCUCCCUACGAAUACCUCGCAAGAUGUUCGGAAUCAGAAGGCGUUGCAGAAAGAGGUUGUUAGGCUCCGCGCGGAGCUCCGGGGCACCAGCUCCCAGGACGAAUUUGCUAAGUGGGCGAAGAUCCGAAGGACCUUGGAUAGGAAGAUUGCAGACCUGGAGAAGCUGACUGGCUCGGUCAACGCUGCUCGCACAAAGUUCGAUACGCAAGCUGGGUUUGUCCGCUGGGCUUCGACUUCUGGCGCUGGUUGGGCUGUCUCGUUGUGGUACCGUCGUGAGCCUAUUUUCUGGAUUCCUGAGGGCUGGGUGCCUGGAUAUGUUGAGUGGGGAUUGUCCUUCCCUAAGGCUCCUAUCGGGAGUGUCUCGAUUCAGGUGUGGACGUUUGCCGUUGCUCAAGUACUUAGGGUCGUCGCACCCGUCAUCGGAAGCUUGAUUACCUCUGUCAUGUUCAUGCGGAAGCCCGUUGCGCCAAUGCCGGCAGGGUCGGGUGAGAAGGUCAAGGAGGAGCUAUGAAAUAUGCCUGUAUGAUAUUGGGCUCGUGAUAUUAGGGGAACUUAACGGGUUUUUUUUUAUGAAAAGUCUUUUGCUGCCUGCGUCGGUUUUACUGCACCUGGGGCUUUUUGUUGACUUUUCCUUUUCCUUACUGCAUGAGUACGCUUAUCGGGUUGUUCUAGUGGGCAGGAAAGAGAAAAAAAAAAAGAUUUACCAGGAGGACUGGCGCUUUGGGUGUCUUCUUAUGCUUUGUAUGGAAUGGUUAGAUGAAUAGGUGGAUAGCGCCCAGUCCGGGUUGUCUGGCUUGCAGUUACGAUUUAUGCGGGCACAUGUCGGUCUUGGUCUUAAUAUACACCGCCCCGUUCGGG